AUGUCGAUGCAGGCCUUCGCGUUGCGCGCCGAUCCCAAUGGUCCCGCCGCCCAGCAGGACUUUCGACAGGACCUCAACGUGCGCCUCAUCUGCCCCGACUGCCAGGACGAGAACGUCAACCUCAUCGAAGAGAUGAGUUCGGGUGACUUGGUCUGUGGCGAGUGUGGUCAGUCCAGCCCCGUGCGCGUGCAGCGCUACCCUGGCUCCUGCGUGUGCUGACCAAUACCUCUGUUUUCCUUGGCAGGGCACGUCUUGGGUGAUCGCAUCGUCGAUACCAGGUCAGAAUGUGCGUUGGUGUACUCAGUCACCUGUCGCAGCGUCCGCCGGGGGGGGAGGGGGGGGGGGGGGUCGGGCAAACAGUCGCUUGACUUGAUCCCCUCCAGGCCGAGCUGGUCCGAAGGACCACGUGCUCGCCUGGGAUCGCUGUGGUGUGCCAUACGAGUGAGACACUCUUGUUGAACAUGUUCAUCACUUGUGUGCCUCCCCCUUUCUCGAAUAUCAACAGGGCGUUCAUUCGCCGAUUCAGAAGGAGACGACCCGUCUCGUGUCGGUGGACCAACCGACCCACUGCUCGAUCCCGUCAACCAGCUCUCGACCAUUAUCUCCUUCAAGGAUAACAACACGGGCAUAUCCCGUGGCUUGCAGAUUGCCAAUACGCGAGUGCUCAAGGACUCGGGCGGAGGUCGCGACCUGCAUGUCGCCUUUGACCAGAUCCAGAUCAUGUGCGAAGCCAUCUCGCUGCCCAAGACGAUCGUCGACACGAGCAAGCAACUCUUCAAGCGCAUCGACGACGAGAAGCUGCUCAAAGGCAAGAGCCAGGACGCCAUCAUCGCCGCAACCAUCUUCAUCGCGUGUAGGCAGGCCCGCGUGCCGAGGACGUUCAAAGAAAUCGUCGCCCUCACCAACGUGUCCAAGAAGGACAUCGCGACCUGCUUCAAGCUCUUGACCCAAUUGUUCGAGACCGUGCACGCCAACCAAGCACCCCCUUCGAGUGCUUCGGCGACCGACUCGCUCAUCACACGUUACUGCAACCACCUCGGCCUGUCCGUGCCCGUGCAGCGUGCGGCUGUCUUUGUCGGGACCCGCGUCGGAGAGGAAGGCUUGUUGGCCGGUCGAAGUCCGAUCACGAUCGCCUCGGCCUGCAUCUUGUUCGCAACGACGUUGUGGGGUAUCCCCGAACCAGCUGCAAAGAUAUCCGCCGUCGCAGGAGUGCAGGACUCGACCAUUCGCAUGGGUUAUAGGUCGGUCGAUCUGGUUGACCACGAUGGCGCAUUCACGAAUGCUGAUCGUGCAACGGAGUUAAAGCAGGUUACUGCUUCCGCACAAAGAAAAGCUUGUCGAUGAGCGCUGGUUCGUCUCGUCCCGCAAAGACGGUACCCGAGCCGACUGGGCCAACAUCCGCUCAGCCAAGGUCAAAGAAGAAGGGGAAGACGGUGAAGUCACUUCGCCAGACCAUGCGGCCCCUGUGCCCGUUGUCUGA